UUAGCAACCGGCAUUAUAGGAUUGUGAAGGGGGCUGGGUUUGAGUUGUUGAGAGAUAAGUGUGACUAUGAAAAUAAAUAUGUAGCCUGCAUAAUUUUUUUUCUGCGAUGAGGGUUACCCGGUGCGAGUUUUCUUCCAAUUUUCGUGCAUAUGAAUAAAUGCGAAUACUCGCGAUACCCAUACACCCAUCAUUCAAUCAAAUAAAUUACAAUGGCCAAGUACACCGAGGAAGAAUUGUUAGCCGUCCAGGAGAAGGCGGUCGCCCCACAGGGUACCAUCAUCGACGCCUUCAACCAGAUGGUCGAGGAGGUCAAGGCGUUCCAGGCGCAACACGAAAAGGCCCACGUCAGAUUCCACAACGGGGACUCCUUCCUCGACGAGAAUGGCGAGGAGAGAUUCUACUUCACCCACAGAAGGAGAUCCUCGCGCCACAGUGAGACCAAGUCUAACGUGAGAAGACAGAAGAUCAAGGAGCAGCUCCAGACUGAUGAUGACGGAUGGAGCACCUUAGUCAAGCCAAAGAAGUCGUUCGGCGAGGAGGCUGUAUCUGAGAGAGACGAGUUCAGAAAGAGCUUCAAGGAGACCCAGGUCAAGGUUAGACCAAACAACAAGAACAUUUCGUCGUCCAAGCCGGCCGACCCUAGAGAUGUUGUCGACAAGACCGCCAGGGCGUUCAACGCGUUUGACGCGCUUGUGUCUGAUUCUGAGGACUCCGAAUAGAUUUAUAGUUUAAUUGUAUUUUGUCCAACAAUCUCUAAC